AUGGCCUCUCUCACACCCUACCUCCGUCAAACCAUCAGGCCUCUCGCCACCUCCCUGUCUUCUUCCUCGUCGUCGUCGUUAUCAUCGAGAGCAGCGUUUUCGACGUCGUCUAUCCAACGAGGUCUGAAGGAAAGCGACAAAGACCGCGACAAUCUAAACGUCGAAUACGACAGCCACAAGCAAGAAAAUCUGAAAAAUAUCAAGGCCGGAAAGGCGUAUUGGCGCGAAGAACUGGCGAGCGAGAGUGAGGCAGGCGUUAAAGCGGAUCGGGGAGAGGCGUCGAUUACGGAGAAUGAUAUCAAGGGGUUGAAAGAAGAGGCUGUUAAGGGUGGUGGCAGUGCGGGGAGGAAGUGA